AUGCCAUCUGAGAGGUGCCUGAGUGUUCAGGAAAUGCUGACAGGUCAGAGGCUUUGUCAGUCCAGCUCCCAUAAUGAUGCUGUCCUGGCAGCCCUGAACCAACAAAGAAGUGAUGGCAUACUUUGCGAUGUCACCCUUAUUGCUGAAGAACAGAAAUUCCACGCACAUAAAGCAGUCCUGGCAGCCUGCAGUGACUACUUCAGAGCAAUGUUCAGUCUCUGCAUGGUUGAAAGCGAAGCUGAUGAGGUGAAUUUGCAUGGUGUCACAAGCCUUGGUUUAAAACAAGCCCUGGACUUUGCAUAUACUGGACAGAUCCUCUUGGAACCAGGGGUGAUACAGGAUGUCUUAGCAGCUGGGAGUCAUUUGCAGCUGCUGGAGCUUCUCAGUUUAUGUUCUCACUAUCUUAUUCAGGAAUUAAAUAGUUUUAAUUACUUGGACCUGUAUAAGCUUGCGGACCUCUUCAACCUCACUUUGUUGGAGAAUGCAGUGGUUGACUUCUUAGUAAAACAUCUCUCUGAGCUAUUGAAGAGUCAUCCUGAAGAAGUUCUGGCACUCCCGUACUGUCUCCUUCGAGAGGUUUUUAAAAGCGAUAGACUCACUUCACUCAGUGAAGAACAAAUCUGGCAG